AUGGAUUUGGAAGAGAAUAACCCGUUGCUUGCACCGUCGCAAGCAGAUACAGAUAACGAAGGCUCCAUAUAUGGAGAAAACCUACACUGUCCCAACUCGAGACAAACUUUUAGAAUAUGCACCAACUUGAAAUUGUUGAUUGAUAGAGUUAUACCCAUUGUGUUUGAUGACAAAGAGAUUACCCGAUCUGAUUCCUCGAUUUUGAAUGAGCAAGUUGUCAACUUGGCUUACAAAGCUGCAGGUGGCAAAGGAGAUGGGGAAGAAGGGACAUCGUCGCGCAAGUACCGAGCAUGUUUGAUUUUUUGCUUGUUGAAAGUUUGCAGUUGGUAUUGGCAGCAAAGUGAAUUUGAAUUGACUGAUAACGAAUUGUACUCGUUGCGGGCUUUGGCAAGCCAGACCUUGGCUGCUAACCUCAUUGAACGAGAAAAUAGCAACGACAAGUAUUUGUUUUUGAGUAUGCUUUGCCACAGGUACACCAUCUGCAUUGAUGGCGAGGACUCGACGCCUGCCAGUGCCUUGGAAAUGGCUGUGGAUAUGCAUUCGACCAUAGUCAUUGGCUCAUCUGGAUAUCAGAGAUGCAUCAAGUGGUUGUGGCGAGGAUGGAUUGUUCAGUCGUCAACUGAUCCGCACUCCUAUGUCUUGUACAAAGGGGUUGCUUCGCAUUCAAUCAGAACUCAUUUCAACCCCGCGAGGAUCAAGACUCCAUUGUACCAAAAUAUCUUGGAGGUUUUUUUCAGCUUUGUAUACUUGGCCUUGUUUACCAUUGUCUUGAAUACUCAUUUCUCCAACAUGACCGACUUGGAUGGUUUUGAAAUUGCAUUUUACUUGUUUACCUUGGGCUACAUAUGGGACGAAAUGGUCAAGUGCUACCACGUUGGCUGGAACUAUAUUGGCUUUUGGAACGUUUUCAACGACCUGAUGUAUACCAUCAUUUGCAUCGCGGUGGCGUUUCGGCUCUUGAGUGUCACCAGCACCGGCCAUUUGAGAGACAAGUACGACGAAAUGUCGUAUCGGGUCUUGAGCUGUGCUGCGCCUUUGAUGUGGACCAGAUUGUUGCUUUACUUGGAUGCGCAAAAGUUUGUCGGAGCCAUGAUUGUUGUUUUGCAAGUGAUGAUGAAGGAGUCUGUUUUGUUCUUUGUGUUGUUGUUUGUCGUGAUUGUUGGGUUUAUGCAAGGCUUUAUAGGGCUCGACUCAUCGGAUGGUAAAAAUGAAGCCACCAGAAAGAUUUUCAUUUCCUUGUUGAAGGCCGUGAUUGGAGACUCCAACUUUGCAGACAUGGGUAAGUUGGUGCCUCCGUACGCGUCCAUCUUGUACUACUGCUACCAGUUUUUGUUAUCUGUCAUAUUGAUGAAUAUCUUGAUUGCAUUGUACUCGACCGCGUAUGCCGCCGUGGUUGAAAAUGCCACUAAUGAGUAUUUUGCAUUGAUUGCUCAAAAGACGUUGAGAUAUAUCCGUGCACCGGACCAAAACAUCUAUGUGCCACCAUUGAAUCAUAUUGAAGUGUUGAUGACUCCCUUUGGCUGGGUGUUAUCGCAAGAGCGCUUCAAAGAUUUAAACUUUUACGUGAUGUUGGUGAUUUACUCGCCUUUGCUACUAUACAUAACCUCGGAGGAAUUGAACACUGCAAGACGAAUCUCCUACAAUAGGUACAAGGGCUUACCAGACGAUGCCAAUGAAAUCGACACCGAGUGGGACCUCACCGACGGAUUUGGCGACGGCACGUUGAAUCCAGAUUUUUCGGAACUGACGGACUCCAACUCCCCGCAGGAGUCGAUCCGCGAGAGAAGCUCGGAAAUCAACCAAGAGUUGGCAUUGCAAAGAGAAGGAGAGCGGCAGGACCCCGAGUUUUUGGUCAACAUGAAUGGCUUUGACCACGAAAUCGACAAGGUGGUCAAGCCGGUGAAAGAAGCCAGCAGGGUGGGCAUGAGCUGGGAGAUCUACGACUUGUACAAAAAAAUCGACAAGUUGACCCAAUUGGUGGAACUUGUUGUUGAAGAGAAGCAAGACUUGAAAGCGAGAAAAAAGCCCACUGAAGAAAAACCGCUGCAGGGGAAAAAGACCGCCGACACUGAAGCCGGGGGCUGA